AUGGACAAGUUUAAAUCAAUCGAGUCCACACAAGCAAGAAAAAGAGAUUCAUCGGCAAUAGGUUUGGCAAUUGGAACUUCUCAGGUCGAGAAGAAAUCAGUUUCAGAGUUUUCAAUAGAACUAAUAAGGAUGGCCACUCAGAAAUUGUUGAAGGAAGGAAGUGUAGAUAAAGGACUGGAAGGCAAGGUUGCGAUAAUCACAGGCGGAUCGAUGGGCAUUGGAGAGGCCGCCGUUCGGCUAUUUGCAAAUCAUGGAGCCAAAGUCAUUAUUGCAGACAUUGCAGACGACGCUGGUGUCAAAUUUGCGGAAUCCCUUUCUCCCUGGGCAACAUAUAUCCACUGUGAUGUGACCAAAGAGAAAGAUGUAAAAGCAGCCGUAGAUUUGGCCAUGGAAAAGCACGGAAAGCUUGACAUAAUGUACAAUAAUGCAGGAGUCACCGACAUCCAGAAAGGGAGCGUCGUAGAUUAUGAUAUGCAGGAAUUCGAGCGGGUGAUGAACAUCAAUGUAAAAGGAGUAAUGCAUGGCAUUAAGCAGGCAGCCCGUGUUAUGAUCCCCAAUAGAAAGGGCAGCAUUGUCUCUACGGCUAGUAUUGCGGGAAUAGUAGGAGGAGCUACUCCUUACUCCUACACAGCCUCCAAACAUGCCAUCAUUGGGCUGACUAAGAACGGUGCAGCCGAGCUGGGGAAAUGUUGUAUACGAGUGAAUUGUGUUUCUCCUGCUGCAGUUGCCACAGAUCUGGUAAUGAAUUAUCUGGAAGUGACACCUUCACCAGAGGCUAGAGCCCAGCUGGAGGCCACGGCUGAGGCCAUAACCCCGUUAAAGGAAGUCUUUCUUAAAGCAGAGGAUAUUGCAGAGGCUGCGCUGUAUCUGGCCAGUGAUGAAUCCAAAUAUGUGAGUGGUCACAAUAUGGUGGUGGAUGGGGCAAUAACAGUUGUAAAUAACAGCUGGGGAUUGUAUUAG